AUGAGGCUCCUCUCUCCCAAAACAAUACUGCCGAGCCAAGCGGUUGGAACCUUCGUCUUCAUUCUUCUCCUCGCAUGGCUGGUUCGAAAGUUCGUGAAGGUGAUACAGUUCAAGAAGCGAUACCGUUUGCCCAACCCGGUUCCCGGAUUACCACUCAUUGGGAAUGCCCAUCAAAUCCCACGAGACCUUCCAUACCUAUUCUUCCAAGACUUGGCGAAGAAGUAUGGCGAAAUGUUCACAAUCAACAUCGGAGGGACGAACUGGCUAUUUCUCAACUCCACACGAACUGUCAACGAGCUCCUGGACAAGAGGGCAGCCAUCUACUCCUCAAGAAUGAAUCUCCCAAUGGCUUACGACCUCGUAUCCCGCGGCAAACGAACCCUGCUAAUGCCCUACGGAGACUUGUGGCGUCGAGAGCGCAAGGUCAUGCAUCAAAUUCUGAAUGCUACACAGCGCAAUAUCUUCGAGCCGUUCCAAGACCUAGAGUCUAAGGCUUUGCUCCUCAACUACCUCGAACGUCCGGAUGAAUGGUGGAAGAGCCACGGGGCCUUUUCCGGCUCGGUCAUUAUGAGCGUUGUUUUUGGACGUCGAGCAGGCGUUGACGAUGCCAACUUGAGCGACUCUCUUGCCGUGUCCGAAGAGUUUGUCGAGUAUCUCAUGCCCGGUCGCGGGAUCGUCGACCAUUUUCCUUUCCUCGCCGACAUCCCAUGGUUCAAAGCUCUGCAGCCGUGGCGAUGGUAUGGCGACGACUUGUAUAAGCGUACUCGCGCGGUAUACAAGCGAGAGCUGGAUCAACUUCGCGAACGGCGAGCACAGGGCAAACAGCGGGACUGCUUCAUGACGGAAUUCCUUGAGAAACAGCACGAUUCGGACUUCACUGAGGACGAGUUCCUGUUCAUGGCAGGCGCCCUCAUGGAAGCCGGCACGGACACCACUCGCGCAUCCUUGGACCAAUGUGUGGCUGCCGCCGCGUUGUGGCCCGAUUGGAUUGAGCGUGCUCGGAAGCAGCUUGAUGAAGUAUGCGGUGCUCACGCCGAGCGAUUGCCGACCGCACAGGACAUGCCGAACUUGCCAAUCAUCAAGGGCGCAGUGAAGGAGAGUGUUCGAUGGAAGCCGACGAUUGCUGAGACGGGAAUCCCGCAUGCGUUGAUGCGAGACGACGAAUUCGAAGGAUACAAAAUUCCAGCGGGAACGAUCGUGACGUAUAAUCAAUGGGCGAUUGUCAAUUCCACGGAUGAGUACGAGCAGCCGGAGAGAUUUUGGCCAGAACGAUUCAUCAACGAAGAUCUUGACAAGCCCGCCAAGGGACAUCUCGGAUUCGGCGCAGACAUCGGGCAGGGAUCAUGGGCGGACGACUCGUUCCUAUUCAAUGACUUCCUGUCCUCAUUUGGAGCGCCCGAUGUCUUUGGGAUCGAUUCAUCCAUGCUGUCCUCGCUUGCGCCUAUGCUGGCCCCGAGUUCACAGAGCGUGGUCUCUGAUGAGGCGAGCAAAGUCUACGACAACACGCUGGGUAACUGGAAGCCGGCGCAGGGAGCCUCUUCCAGAACCGAGAGUCUUUUCAUAUCGGUCACGGAACAGGCGUCUAUGGUUGGUCAGAUGGGGGAACUUGAUUUGUCGUUACUAAGUCAUCAUCUGACCGCGGAGAAACGUGACCAGAUUGUGUAUCUGGUUCAGAAGCAUUCCGCAAAUCCCCCCAGUCUGGCGGCAGCAACUUCGUUCCCGUCAGCAGCAAUUCUCGGAGAGAUGCUCCAGAUAUUUCUUUCCAGACAGCAGGACGACAUUGUUGGAAUGAUUCAUCUUCCCACCUUCAAUGUCGCUGAAUGCGACCCUCUGCUCCUCGCCGCCAUGAUUUCGGCUGGCGCUGCCUUUUCAACACAUCCUUUGGCAAAUGAAUUUGGAUUUGCGUUGAUGGAUGUAGUAAGGAUGGUUCUGAUGGAUUCUGGCGACCGAGACAACGCAAUGACUCGCAGCCUGUCAUUCAUCCAGGCCAUGACGUUGGUGUGUGAAUGCGCUCUCUGGACUGGAGACCAGCGAAAGACUGAGAUGUCAGACGCUACUUCUGCUAUUCUUGCGUCGAUACUACGCCAUAGCAAACGAUUAUUUCGCGUAUCUUACAGGUCUGUCACGCCACCUGUGAACCGGGACGAAGAAGAACUACGGCUUUCAUGGAUUGAGUGGGCGAACCAAGAAUCCUUCAAGAGGUGA